AUGGAUAAAUGGAUAGCAAGGAAUGGGAAAAUGAUCAUCAAUGUUUUGGUGAAUUCUCCAAAAGGGAGUGUGUUUCUUGAAUCUCAUGAUGCUAGUGACUCUUCUACUGAUUCUAAUAAGAUGUUUAACUUGUUUGAGAAGACUAUCUUAAAAAUAGGCAAGGAAAAUGUGGUACAAGUUGUGACCGAUAACGCAAGUGAGAACAAAAAAACGGGUGACAUGUUGAAGGGAGUGUUCCCGCAUAUUUUCUGGACUCCUUGUGCUGAUCAUUGUAUCAACUUGAUGUUUGGUGACAUUUUCAAAGAGGCCCCGUAUUCUACAGUUUUUGGUAAGGCUGUUAAGAUACAUUCUUAUAUCAGUCAAAGGGAACUGUUGUUGAAUAUGAUGAGGAGAUACACAAAGCAAAGAAACUUGGUAAAACCUGCUAAGAUAAGAUUCACAACAGCUUUUUUGACAUUGCAUAGUUUUUAUAUGCAAAAGAAAAAUCUGAGAACCUUGUUUAUGUCCACUAAAUGGAAUGAGAGUGUCUAUGCAAAGGAAACUCUUGGGAAAGAAGUUGCGAGACACAUCAUCAGUCCAUAUUUUUGGAAUGACACUGUUCAAGCACUUAGAGUUGGUGGUCCUUUAAUUAAUGUACUUCGUAUGGUGGAUGGGGAGAAAAAACCACCAAUGGGCUACAUUUAUGAAGCCAUGGAUAGGGCCAAAGAAAGUAUUGAAAAUGCAUUCAAUUAUGAUGACAGAAAAUAUAUGAAUAUUUUCAAAAUCAUUGAUGCAAGGUGGACGGAUCAACUUCAUCAACCUUUACAUGCAGCUGGACAUAUUUUGAACUCGGGGCUCUAUUAUAAAAAUAAUGAGAUGAAGACUUUAACUGAAGAAGUGUGGUUGGGAUAUCAUGCAUGUGUUGAGAGGAUAAUCCUAGAUAAAACUUUGCAAGACAAAAUAGGGGAUGAGCUUGGUGUGUACAUGAAAGCUGAUGGGCUACUUGGAAUUGAGUCGGCCAUUAGAGCUAGAACCUUAAGGUCACCAGUUGAAUGGUGGAUGCAAUAUGGUCAUAAUGUCCCAAACUUGCAAUAA